GUGAGAUAGAGGGAGAGGGAGAGAGAGAGAGAGAGAAAUGUUAGAAAAAGAGAGUAGGAGGGAAACAAAGGUGGGAGAAAGAGAGAAAGAGAGAAAGAGAGAAAAAGAGAGAGAAAGAGAGAGAGAGAGGUGUCAGAAAAAACGAGUAGGAGAGAAACAAAGGUGGGAGAAAGGCGAAGAGUGAGUUGCAGGGUAGGAGAAGGGAGAAAGAGAGAGAGAGAGAAUGUUCCAGGGGACGUUAGCGUUCGCCGUGAUUCCGUUCAUCCGGUUCAGUCACACCGCAUCACUCCGGUGAGCGUAAUCGUUCUCCUCUUUGCGUUUUUAACUCGGCUGCUAAUUUUCCUUCAUCUUUAUUCUCACUUUCGGUUUUCGGCACUUGUUAUUAAUACACACACACACACACACACAUAUAUACCAUAGACACAAAUACGCACACACAGAACAGUGUUUUUAACUCGAAUUUUUUAUUUUCUACAUUUCGCUUAUCGGACCAUUUUAACGUGAAAAGAUCUUUUCGAUUUGACGUUUCAUUUGACAUCUUUCCGAAAGUAACAUCUUCCUUUCUCGUCCCUUCGAUAAUUUUGACGUUUCCGAUUCUCCCAUUGAUUUGACUUCGUGCGUGUAAACUGAUGUUAAAAGGGUGAGCUGAAAAGUAUAUAGAAAAACUCAGCCAGCAAGAACGUUCGUCCCAAUUCUAAAGAAGAAAAUAAAGGAACGAUCAUGAAUGGAUUAUCUAAACAAUGUAUCACCGAUGAGAAGUCGAUCAAAUUGAAGAAACCCCAUCCACUGAGGUCCAUUUCUUGGAAUAAGAAUAUCGAGGAAGGAGAUUUAGAUGUUCCUGGAACGCCAAGAACACCUCGAACCUCGACAACGCCAGGUCACGAAAACUGUACCUUCCAUCAUGAUCUUGAAUUGGAUCAUAGACCACCUACGCGAGAAGCUUUGCUACCAGAAAUGUCAAGGAGUUACAGAUUACUUCUAAGUUCACUAGGCGAGGAUCCUGAUCGGCAAGGACUUUUAAAGACACCAGAAAGAGCAGCCAAAGCGAUGCUCUUUUUCACGAAAGGAUAUGAUCAAUCUCUCGACGAUGUUAUUAACGAUGCCGUAUUCGACGAAGAUCACGACGAGAUGGUCGUAGUUAAGGAUAUAGAAAUGUUCUCUAUGUGUGAACAUCAUUUGGUUCCCUUCUAUGGAAAAGUAUCCAUCGGUUAUCUUCCCUGUAAGAAGAUUCUUGGUCUCAGCAAAUUAGCCAGAAUCGUAGAAAUCUUUAGCAGGCGUCUUCAAGUUCAGGAACGUCUCACAAAACAAAUUGCAAUAGCAGUUACGAAAGCUGUGGAACCUGCAGGAGUGGCCGUUGUGAUCGAAGGAGUGCAUAUGUGCAUGGUAAUGAGAGGCGUACAGAAAAUCAAUAGUAAGACCGUUACUUCAACGAUGCUCGGCGUUUUCCGUGACGAUCCAAAGACUCGCGAGGAAUUCCUCAAUCUUGUCCAUAGCAAAUAAACGCGAAUAUCUUUAGGGAACUCUUAUUUGGCGUUCCUUCAUGAUCAUUAUAUCGGUCUUCCUAUUUAUGUGGUGUCGUAGCAUUCUUUUUUAAUAUCUUCUUUGCUAACUCUAAACUCUCCUUCCAAAGUUUCUUUGCUCAAGUUCAAUCGAAACGUUUGCGAUGAAUAAUGAUCGUUCUAAAGAUCUACAUAACAGAUCUUCCAAAGUGGAAUAUUAUUCUCAAGAUUUAAUCGAAGAUGUACAUACAAGAAAAAAAAAAAAAAAGAAAAAAGAAGAUGACGUUGACACGUUUACAAAAAAAAAUGUCGGUUUCUUCUUCUCUCAACGAAAUUCAUUUGAGAGUUCGCGAGUUUAAAACCCAACGUGUUCGAAAAAAAAAAAAAUAAGGACAAAUAAAAAAUACAAUAUGAUGUUUGUAAUAGCAUUUGCAAUCGAUCGAAUAAGAGAAACAUGGUUUAUGGUCUGUGUUGUCAGAUGUUUAAUAAGAAGCCUAAUAUUUUCUUCUAAUCGUUCGAAUUUGCAAAUAAUUAAUGCAUGAACGAAUGAGAGAGAGAGAGAGAGAGGAGAGAGAGAGAGAGAGAGAGAGAGAGAGAGAGAGAGAGAGGAAAAGAAAAGAAAUUUUGAUCGAAAUCGAAUAAUAAACAGAACAAUAAUACAUAGAUUGAUAUAUAUAUAUGUGUGUGUAUAUAUAUAUAUAUAUAUAUAUAUAUAUAUAUAUAUAUGUAUACACAUAUUAGUAACGAUAAUAUGCUGCUGGUACAGCAAAUUUUUGUUCGACGUUUUGUAGUUAUUUUAUAUAUCGUUGAUUUGUUAAUUUCUUUUUUUUUUUUUUUAAUUUUAUUUUAUGCCUUUUUUUUAAUAAUAAUAAUAAUAAUAUCAACGAUUUGCAUACUCGACAUAAUUUUCGUUGUUUUCACGUGUAGUUUAUUUUUUCAAUUACGCAACGGUAUCAUUGAAAAAAAAAAAAAGAAAAAAAACAAACAAACUGAAAGAAUACUUAAUGACAAUAAUUUUUUCAAUAGAUAGAGAAUCUAACUUAUAUAUCGCAUUCACAAUAAUGAAAGGGUACAUGUUGCAAUAUUAUUUCUUGUAAAUGUCAUUGAUUCGUAUGAUUAUUGUAAAACAUUAAGAUCAAAUGUUUUGCUAUUCAGAGUCAUGACAUCGUAUGUGAGUACAUGUAAUGUCAUGAUAGUAUCUUGACAUAAUAUUUCUUAAAUAUACUUUAGGAAAAUGUAACAAUAACAACAACAACAAUAAUAAUACUACUACUAAUAAUAAUAUUAAUAACAAUAAUAAUAAUAAUAAUAAUAAUAAUAAUAAUAAUGAAAUAAUAAUAAUAAUACAUUUAAAAGACCAAAAUAUUGUAUAAUGCAUUAGUCGAUAUACGAUGCUCAGCCAUGCAUCGUUAUCGAGUUCUGCAGUGACUACAAAGUUUCCAUGAAUUUUUUCUGAAAAUUAUCAUUUUAUCUCUUGACUCAUUAAAAAAUAAAGCGUGAAAGGAAAAAGAACAUGUAUAUUAAAAAUUGAUGGCGAGUAUAUUUUUGUUCGUGUGUGAAGAAAAAUCGCUUUGAAAACAUAUGGAAAAAUGAAAAAGCUAUAAACAGCAUUAAAGGGAUAUUUGGUGCCGAGCCGGUUUACGUAGUCAUAUUUUUUAUGCAAAUUAUCCAUAAUUUAUUUUUAUAUAAUAAUGUUGAUCAAUGAUGAUAGUAGUUUCGAUAGAAAAGAAUUAACAAAUUCGAUGGCUGCUUUAUUCGCAGAAAAAAAUAUAUAUAUAUAUUAUAUAUAUACAUACAUAUAUAUAUAUAUAUAUUUAUAUUUAUAUAAGCUAAUUUUAUAAAUCGUUGCAAAAUUUGUAAGAUCGAUAAAUACACAAAUCGAUUCAAUGUAUAAGGUAGAAUUUCAUAACUUUUUUCUAGCCAAAUACAAAAAAAUAAUUUUUAAUUUUAACAAUAUAUGCACGCAAUUAUCGAUCUUUCAAUAUCUUGCAAUAAUAGAUUGGAUGUUGUUGUUAUUAAGACUCGACCAAUUAAAGUUUGGUAAACCUUAAGCGUCUAUUUUAUUUCUAAUCGAUGUAGAAUCGAAAAGAAGGGACAUAUUAUCGAUUAUUUAUGAAAAAAAAACGAACGUUUAAUAUUUAUAAUAUUUUUCUGGUGAUAUAUAUAUAUAUAUUAUAUAAAAUUAUAUUUAUAUUUUAAAUCGA